UUGAAAUUCGUUCAAACCACAGGUGCCAAUGAAGGCAUGGCUGAAGGAUUCUAGGACAAAUAUCUAAUUUCAUUGGUUGAGUUCAAUGGAAAGAGGCUUUCAAGUGAGGCUCAAAUCCAACCUUGAUUCUGUCUUGCUCUCGUGUCCUUAGUUUGAUUUGAUGCUUUGAAACCACACCUUCCAUUCCCUCUCCCAGUUUGAGUAUCCAGGACCGGAUGUAGUGCAGAUGAGGUUCCUUAGGUUAACAGCAGGCUCACCAGUCAGAACAUGACCUACUCCUGCCAGCCUGGGACAGACAGGGACCAGGGGAAAGAGAGGUGAAGUUCCUGGCAGACACACAAAGACAAAGUUACCUGGGGACAUUACGAGAGUGUGUGUCCUCUGAGGAGCUGGAUUCCGGAGACCGUCGUGAGUCAGGGUUCCAGUUUGAGAGCGAGGACCUCGAUCUGCUUCCACUGAGAGAUCUGGCAGUGUUCGGAAGCAGUGACCUCACACAGGAGUUUGGAUUCACUGUCGGGUCUGUGUGCUUCAGCUAAAGGAAAAAGAGACACUCUCUCUAAGGACUGAUAAGAGCAGAGACAACAAUGAGACAAUCACCAGACAACCUCCAGCUAGUGGGGAAAUGACUGAGAUACUGGAAAGAGACAGAGAAAGGCAUCAGCAUUUCUCCACUUCUCAUGACAGAAUUGUUUAUUGACAAAGUAGAAGUACCAACCAACAGGACAAAGUGUCUGUUUUCUCUCUCCAAAGGUUAACCAGAUAACAAACAUGAACUGGUUGGUCUGUUGCCAGGGAUAUUCCUGAAUGAAAGUAUCUUUGUAUUUUGUGUACACUGAUUUCAUUUGUGAUAUUGAAACAUGCUUAUUCAUGUAAUUGGUUUAAAUGAUGGUGGUUUCCUUAAAUGUUUAUGGUGCUAUAAUUUAGUUUUUUACAAACAUUCCCAUACUUAAUUCAGGUAUGUUCUUGACCAAGAGCACUGUGGUUUACACAACCUUCACUGCCGCAACUUAACAAUGUUUCCCAAAUCUGUGCUCACUCUACCCUUACAUCCCAAGUUAGAAACUAAGGAACAUAUCAAUAUUGAUCCCUUGGUCAAAAAGUAGGAAGACUAAUAGAAUUAGAACUAUUAGGAGCUAUGGCAAUUAAUUGUAUUUGGUGAUAACAUUUUAUUGCAGCACCUGAUAGAUGCAGUAGCCUAAGUACCAUUUGUGAAAUUGUAAUGUUCUGAUGUCUGUUGAUACAGAGGAACAUUGCGGUACUAUAAAACAAAGUUGAUGUAUAUAGGUCAUUCAAUAAGACCAACGUUGACGUUUUCUGUAGAUCCUUUGUGUCUCCUGUGUUUUUACCUCACUGCACCUUAUUAUGAUGUCCCUGCUAGAGGUUUAUCUUUGUCCCUCUUCAAUUUACCACAUGAUUUUACACCCUUACUUGGCUUUAUUCUAUCAUGAACCCCAACCUGAGAAGCUUUGACAAGGGAAAAAUGAUUCCCCAGUUCUGUGAAAAACAGUUCUGAUUCGAAUGGAAAAACUCCAGGAGGGACUUUAUGUGGUGGCUGCUCUUGAUAAUGUGCUUACAAUUGAUACUGGAUUGCAUGCAGCAGGCUUUGAACAUGGUAUGGAACUUCAAUGACAGAGACAAAGCACUGUGCCUAUGACUUCACCGUGGGGUGGGCUGGAGACAUGAACCCACCAUCAAGGACGGACUUUGUGUCUUUAACCCUCACUGGACAAGGAAGUGGCAUCUAUAAUAACAAUAAACAGUGGAGAAGACAGUCCUGCUGGAGGAAAUGGAAACUGUUAUCCAGAUUGCAGCGCAACCUAAUCCUCUUCACCGUGGCUCUCAUGUUAGUUUGUGGGAUUGCUACUAACCCCAGUGUCACAGAACAUUUCCGAGGCUUGGCUGUUGUUGCGAAGGAGGAAGGGGACCAUGCUCUGAAACCUGCCAUCCAUGAGGUCCAACCUGAGUUGGACAAACUGAACCGACCGUUAGUACCAGAGUCACCUUCAGAGAAGCAGAAGAGGGCAGCCCACAAGCGGGGGCCACCCGGCCUGCAGAACCGACUGCAAAAGAAAGGGAAUGUGUCAGAUACCCAGGUGGAGAAAGAGGAGGGAGAGAACUGGCGUGUGGCCAUGAUUGACCAAGCCACUGAAAGAAGAACUGCCAAGGAAGCAGCGAACAAGGUGGAUGUCCCAGAGGUUGAGCAAGAGGGCCAUUCACACAAGGAGCCAGUCGAUAGGCUUGAGGCAGUACGUGAUGCUUUCAGACAUGCAUGGAAGGGCUACAAAGAGUUUGCCUGGGGGAAAGAUGAGCUGAGGCCCAUGUCUAAGUCCUAUGGAGAGUGGUUUGGCCUAGGCUUGACCCUAAUUGAUGCACUGGAUACAAUGUGGAUCCUCAACCUCAAAAAAGAGUUUGAGGAGGCUAAGACCUGGGUGUCCACAGAGCUGUCCUUUGAUAAAGACGUGGACGUGAACCUGUUUGAGAGCACCAUCCGUAUCCUGGGCGGCUUGCUAAGCACUUACCAUCUGACUGGAGACACUCUGUUCCUGGACAAGGCUAAAGAUAUAGGAACGAGGUUAAUGCCUGCCUUCAACACCCCAUCCAAGAUCCCCUACUCAGAUGUGAACAUUGGGAAGGGUACGGCCCACCCCCCUCGAUGGACGUCGGACAGCACUGUUGCGGAGGUCACAAGCAUCCAGCUGGAAUUUAGGGAGCUGAGUCGCCUCACUCAGGACACACGCUACCAGGCUGCAGUGGAUGAGGUCAUGCAGAAAGUCCACAAGCUGGAGGGGAAGCAGGAUGGCCUCGUCCCCAUGUUCAUCAAUACCAACAGCGGCCAGUUCACCCAUUUGGGGAUGUUCACGCUGGGUGCACGGGCAGACAGCUACUACGAAUACCUCCUCAAACAGUGGAUCCAGGGAGGCAAGAAGGAGACGGCGUUGCUGGAGGAUUACCUGCAGGCCCUGGAGGGAGUGAAGAAGAACCUGCUGAAGAAGUCCUCUCCGAACAGGCUGACCUUCGUAGGGGAGCUUUCCCAUGGCAGGUUCAGCCCCAAAAUGGACCACCUGGUGUGUUUCCUCCCUGGGACCCUGGCUCUAGGGGCCCACCACGGCCUGCCAGCAGAACACAUGGAGCUGGCCAAGCAGCUGAUGGAGACCUGCUACCAGAUGUAUGCCCAGAUGGAGACUGGCCUGAGCCCUGAGAUUGUCCACUUUAACAUGCACGAGGGCAGCAUCGGAGAUGUUGACGUGAAGCUUGCAGACAGACACAACCUCCUGCGCCCUGAGACGGUGGAGAGCUUGUUCUAUCUGUACAGGUUCACUAAAGACAGGAAGUACAGGGACUGGGGCUGGGAGAUCCUCCAGAACUUCAACAAGUACACCAAGGUUUCUACUGGUGGCUACACGUCCAUCAACAACGUCCGGGACCCAGAGUACCCCAGCCCCCGGGACAAGAUGGAGAGUUUCUUCCUGGGGGAGACUCUCAAAUACUUCUACCUGCUGUUCUCCGAUGACCCGGAGCUGCUCAGUCUGGACAAGUAUGUGUUCAACACAGAGGCUCACCCCCUGCCCAUCUGGCCCACUGCACAGUGAGAGAUACACAGGGCAAGUCAACAUGAAGCACAUAUACAGUAAUACAUCACAGCUCAGGGCUUGGCUACCACCAAUAUAUCUUGUUAUUCCUUAUUGCAUAUCUCAGUGACUCAAAUUUGGGUUGGUUUACCCUCUCCUUAAUCGAAAACUCUGGAAAAAUGCCUAUUUUUAAAAGCCGGAAUUCAUUGUUUGUUUAAAAAGUGAUUGUUAUAGCCAUGAUGGGGAGGGGUUGCAGCAGUGCUGGGGUGAGAUUGAAGCGUAGUAGCUUUAAUAUACAGUGGGGCAAAAAAGUAUUUAGUCAGCCACCAAUUGUGCAAGUUCUCCC